CUCUCUCUCUCUCUCUCUCUCCCUCCACUAUUUGCUCCAGAUAUAGCCAUCAUUUUGUUCUUUCAUGCCUUCUCUCUUUUCAUUCCCAUUUCCCCAAUCUAUCAUUUUUCAGCUCCACUUUCAUGGUCUCCCUUGAAUCCUUGAUUAAUUCUAGAUUCUACUACAAUUAGCCCUGCACUGUAAUUUAAAGUUGCUCCAUUCUCAAUAUAUCACCUUCAUUCCCAAACAAAUAUGAAGAUCAUGAGGAGUAUUCUAGGGGCAAGGCUGCUAGAGGAUCAACUUCCACCACCACUAAUGUGGGCAGGGGCGCCACCUAAAGUAGUGGUGGACUCAUCAAGUAGUAGUCGGUACACACGUAGGUCGAUUGAGACACUGGUGGUUGUUCUAGCAGUGAUCACAAUAGUGGGUGUCCUUGCAGGGUUCGUUGCUCGAUUAUGUGGUGGAAGGCAUCUUGGUGACAAUGGUGAGUAUGACAUAGAAGGAUGGGUGGAGAAGAAGUGCAGGAGUUGCAUUGAUGGUGGAGUUCCGCCACAACCUACACCUGCACCGCAGCCGAAGCCUCCAGCAACAGAGGAAGCAAAGAAGUGAAGCAUGGAAGUAGAAAUAGCCUUGUUAACAUUUACGACAUUGUGCAAUGUGUAAGAAUUAAAGUAGGAAUUUUAGUGUAAAACCAUGUUAUGAUGUGAGUUCCACCUAAUGUGAUAUGACUUUGCUUUUCAAUUGAACUG